CUGGUUCAAUUUCGACGCGCGCAGCUGCUUGCGACGCCGGCACGCUCAUGAUCGUCAGCACCAUUGCGACCACGUCACUGGAGGAGGUGCGCGACGCGGCGCCAGAUGGCCGCAGUUGGUUCCAGCUGUAUGUGUACAGGGACCGCGAUGUCACGCGUGCCCUCGUGCGACGCGCCGAGCAGGCUGGCUACUCUGCCCUGGUGCUCACCGUCGACACGCCUUACUUCGGGCAGCGGGUGGCCGACGUCAAACACAAGUUCGCCUUGCCGCCGGCACUCAAGAUGGCCAACUUCAACGAAGCGGACUUCCAAAACGUGGUAUCAGCACCGGAAGGGGGUUCAGGCCUGUCAACGUACGCGUCUGCGCUUUUUGACCCUUCGCUGACGUGGAAAGACGUGGAUUGGUUACGAAGUAUCACCCACCUGCCAAUCAUUGUCAAAGGUAUCCUCAGAGCUGACGAUGCCGUCGAGGCUGUGAAUCACGGUGCAGCCGCCAUACUGGUGUCCAAUCACGGCGCCCGACAGAUGGACGGAGAACCAUCAACGAUCGAGUGCCUGCCAGAAGUGGUCCGUUCAGUGGCGGGUCGCUGUGAUGUGUACCUGGAUGGCGGCGUGCGCUGUGGCACCGACGUUGCCAAAGCGCUGUGCCUGGGUGCCCGGGCCGUGUUCAUCGGCAGGCCUGUUCUCUGGGGGCUCGCCUACAAGGGAAAAGAAGGCGUGGACCAGGUACUGGCCAUUCUGCGGUCGGAGUUUGACCGCGCCAUGGGACUUCUGGGUUGCCGCUCCACAUGCGAUCUCACGCCAGACCUCGUGGUUCGCGAAGAACGCUACUCCAAGCUGUGACUCGGCUUUCUUUCCUCUCAUAGUUCAUUGAAUAAAACAGGGAAUGUGCAACUUGCAAA